AUGUCUGAUGAAAAAGGCCAUGGAGGUGCCUUAUGGGAGAACCUAUUGUUGCCUGUCAUAAAUUCGAAAUUGAACAAUCAGGAUAACAAGCCAUUGGGAUCGGAUUCAAAUAUUGACCAAACACCUCAACAAGCCUCGGAAUGGGUAAUGAGCAGCCAGAAGGAGGAGGAAAGGGAAGAAGGAAUACGCAAGAAACGUAAGGGAAGCAAUGAAGCCAAAGACAAAAACGGUGGCGGUGGUGGUGGUGGAGAUGGAUUAGAAGAUCAAGAGAUGACGACGCAUAUGUUGAUGGAGAGACGUAGGAGGAGGAAGAUGAAAGAUAUGUUCUCUGAGCUUCAUGUUUUGCUUUUCGGUCCUCACGCCGCUAAGGCAGACAAAUCCACAAUCAUUGAUGAAGCAGUGAGUAAAAUCAAAUCCUUGGAGGAAGAAAUCAAAAUCAAAGAAAAACAGAAGGAACAACUUCUCAAACAGAAGAAUCAAAUUGCUUCCAAUACCAAUAUUUCUAGAGAGGCAUUUUUAGCUAAUCAAGCAGCUUCUACGCCUAUUGCUAGUAUUGAUGUGGGAGCUGUGACAGGAACUGGUUCUUCUUCUUCUUCUUCUUAUUCUAAUGGUCCUAUAAUGUUCCAGACAUGGAAUUUCAUGAAUGUGGUUUUGAGCAUUUGUGGGAAUGAAGCACAAUACUUUGUUUGCUCAUCAAAGAAGCAAUUAGGACUCAUGAGUUCCAUAAUCUUUGUGUUUGAGAAGUAUGGAGUUGAUGUCAUCUCUGCUAAUUUGUCUACUCAUGGUAACAAGAGGACUUAUACCUUUCAAGCACGCGUAAGUAUUUUUAUUCAGAAAUCUACUUUUUCUCAAGAAAAUUUUGAGUUUUCUGAGAAUUUGAUUUUUCUGGGAAACAAACGGUGCGUGAAUCUGACUGGAAUAUCUCAUGAAGUUGGAAAAACUCCUCCGAUAGUUGUGAAAUUAUUCAAGCAAGCAGCUAAGGAGCUAAGCCUUCUUUACCGUGGUAUAAGGUAUUUUGUCUGGGGUGUGCUAACAAAAAUGCUAAAUGCCCCAACUAAAUUUGUCCCAACAAAUCCCAAAUCUAGGUGGCGUCUAGGACUGGUGUUUUAA